AUGUUCGAAGCGACGCAAUGCGCCCAUUCUGACGCGUCUUGUGUGGUUCUUGUGCAUCCUUCGCGUGGUGCGCGCGUGCAGGAUUCGGACAGACAAUCGGGGCGAUCUGGGCCGUCGGAUGCAUACACGGCGAGCGGUCGAGAUGAUGACGAUCAGAUGGACGAUUUCGACCGCGACUCCGCAGGGCGGGAGGCGGAGGAGGCGGAGGUGGAUCCGAUGCUGUUUGAGAACGGCAGCGAGGGCGGUGAAGCGGACGGCGCGGCGGGGCGAGCGGGCGAGGAGGAAGAGGAGGAGGGAGAGGAUCUGCUGAGGGAUGAUUUCCUGGAUGACUACCGCCCCAUGCCCCACCUGGACGAGUACGAGCGGGAGCACCUGGCGGACAGCGAGGGCGACACCAGGAGCAGCGGGCAGCGCGCGGCAGACAGGCGGGCGGCAGAGCGAGAAAUGGCUCGCAGAGACGCCGGGAGGAGGGGCGCCGGGGGUGAUGAUGGGGGGAACCGACUGCCGUCUAUUCUGAGGGACCAAGACGACGACGACAGUGGGCUCUUCACUCGCAGGGGGCAGCGCCGCCGACGCACCGACUCUGCUGACGCUGCUGUGGGGGUGAGUGCGAGAGAAAGCGAGGGACGCAUGCUCUGGUCGAAUGACCAUGCUUUGGAGGGAGAGGGCACAGGGGGAGGGGAGGAGGACGAGGCGGAGGAGGAGGAUGAUAUCAACGAUGACUCGCUCUACAACAUGCAGGUGAUUGCAACACUCAGGCGAUUCCAACAGGCAGGUUUCAGCCUGCGGGAGUGGGUCUCCCGGGACGAGGUGCGGCGGUUCAUGGCACGUCGCUUCCGGCACUUCCUGCAGACGUUCAAGGACACGCGUGGGCGGCACCGCGGGGACAGCGAUGCCGACUAUGCCAUUCGCAUCCGCGAGCUGGUGGAGAUGAACAGCUGUUCAUUGGAGCUGGACUACUCACACCUCCUCACCACCCACCCCAUCCUCGCUGUGUGGCUCGCUGAUGCACCGAAGCAGGUAUUGGAGGUGCUAGACGAGGUGGCCCAAGCGGAGGUGUUCCGCACCUUCCCCAUGUACGAGCAGGUGCACGAACGCAUCUACGUGCGCGUGGCGGGACUGCCCGUCAUCGACCAGAUCCGCGAUAUCAGGCAAACGCAUCUCAACUGUCUCAUCCGCGUGGGAGGGGUUGUCACUCGCAGGACCGGAGUGUUCCCCCAGCUGCAGCAGGUGAAGUACAACUGCAUCAAGUGCGGCGCCAUCCUGGGCCCAUUCUUCCAGACGUCCUCCUCUGAGAUCCGCAUCCGCACGUGCGCUGAGUGCCAGUCCAAAGGGCCCUUCCAGGUCAACGUGGAGCAGACCAUCUAUCGCAACUACCAGAAGAUGACCCUGCAGGAGAGCCCUGGCAGCGUGCCAGCGGGGCGGCUGCCGCGCUACAAGGAGGUGGUGCUGCUCAACGACCUCAUUGACUGCGCGCGACCGGGGGAAGAAAUUGAAGUAACAGGCAUAUACGUGAACAACUUUGACGCAGCGCUGAACACGCGGCAGGGCUUCCCAGUGUUCUCCACGGUGAUAGAGGCCAACCACAUCAGCAAGCGGCAGGACGCCUUUGCUGCUUACCGGCUGACGGACGAGGAUAAAGAGGAGAUCAUGCGCCUGUCCCGGGACCCACGCAUUGCUGAACGGAUCAUCAAGUCCAUCGCGCCCUCUAUCUACGGCCAUGAGAACGUGAAGACGUCACUGGCGCUGGCCAUGUUCGGGGGGCAGGAGAAGAACGCUGGGGGCAAGCACCGGCUGAGAGGCGACAUCAACGCGCUGCUGCUGGGGGACCCUGGCACGGCCAAGUCGCAAUUCCUGAAGUACUUAGAGAAGACCGCCCACCGUGCUGUCUACACAACAGGCAAGGGCGCAUCAGCGGUGGGGCUGACAGCAGCCGUGCACAAGGACCCCGUCACCCGCGAGUGGACGCUGGAGGGAGGGGCGCUGGUGCUGGCUGACAGAGGCACGUGCCUGAUAGACGAGUUUGACAAGAUGAGCGAACAGGACAGGGUGUCCAUCCACGAGGCCAUGGAGCAGCAGAGCAUCAGCAUCAGCAAGGCAGGCAUCGUCACGUCCCUCGCUGCCCGAUGCUCCGUCAUUGCUGCUGCCAACCCCAUUGGUGGCCGGUACGACUCGAGCAAGACAUUCGGGCAAAACGUGGAGCUCUCAGAGCCCAUCCUCUCGCGCUUCGACUGCCUGCUCGUCAUCAAGGACCUGGUGGACCCAGUGGUGGAUGAGCACUUGGCGCGCUUUGUGGUGGGCAGCCACCAGAGGUCACACCCUCAGGCGCAUGGGCAUGGGUCGGAUGGGCAAGCGAGGGAAGAGGACCCCGAUAUCAUCCCUCAGGACAUUCUAAGGAAGUACGUGACCUACGCCCGCCAGAACGUCUUCCCUCGCAUGCACGACGCUGACGCUGACAAGAUUGCGCUCGUUUACGCCGACCUGCGCCGCCAGUCCCUGCAAGGGCAGGGCGUGCCAAUAGCGGUGCGCCACGUGGAGUCGAUGAUCCGCAUGUCAGAGGCGCACGCCAGGAUGCAUCUGCGGCAGUUCGUGACCGACGAUGACGUGGACACCGCUAUCCGCGUGCUGCUGGAGUCGUUCAUCGGCACUCAGAAAUACGGCGUGCAGCGCGCUCUUGAGAAGUCCUUCAGUCGCUACAUGUCGCACCGCAGGGAUCUGCACCAGCUGCUGCUGCACCUGCUGAGGCAGCAGCUGAGGGAGGCGCUGAGGCUGCGGGACCUGGGGUGGACCCAGCCUAGCCGGCGCGGGGGAGGGGCGGCAGGAGAAGGGGAGGAGGUGGUGGAGAUGCGAGUGGAUGAGCUGGAAGCCAAAGCUCGUGAGUACGGCAUUGUGGAUUUGACCUCUUUCUUUGCCAGCCGUCACUUCACUGACAACCAUUUCACACUCGAUACGCUGCACCCCCUCCCCUGUUUCCCUUCCCUUCCCCCCUCUCCUUUCCCUAGGCUCGCUCGCGAGUACGGCAUUGUGGAUCUGAGCUCCUUCUUUGCCAGCCGUCACUUCACAGACAACCACUUCACCCUCGAUACGCUCCACCGCGUCGUGCUGCACCCCGUGGUGUAG